AUGUCUGGCAGGAAGAUUGAGGUUCCUUCAGAAAACCCGCUGGGUCCCUGCCCUGGGGUGAUUUUUGGAGACCCAACAACCACAGCAGCCGCCAUUAUUGUUAUUCAAGAAUGGUGGGGUAUGAACCAACACAUCCAGGAUGUGGCCAAGCUGAUUGCCGAAAAGACCAACUUUGUGACCGUGGUGCCUGACCUCUACCGAGGGAAAGUGGCCAUCGAUCGGGAGACUGCAGGCCACUACGUCCAGGAUUUGAACUGGGAAGGUGCUGUGCAAGAUGUGGAUGCCUUCGCCAGGUACUUAAAAUCACAAGGGGUCAAGAAAGUUGGAGCCACUGGCUUCUGCCUGGGCGGAGCUAUAACCAUCGCAGUUGUUACCGAAUUUGACAGCGUGGAUGCAGCAGCCCCAUUCUAUGGCAUCCCCAGAGCAAACCAGAAAACCUACGACUACAGCAGAAUCAAAGUGCCCAUUCAGCUGCACUUUGGAGAGAAGGAUGAAGCCAAGGGCUUCUCCUCCCCAGAAGACUAUGAACCAUUCUACGCCAAACUGAAGGAGUACGGGGUCCCUGCGGAGCUGUACACUUAUGACGCAGGACAUGCCUUUGCCAACACGACAUCUCCCGGGUUCAACAAAGAAGCUUAUGAGCUUAGUUUUAGUCGGAUCUUUGCGUUUUUUGAGAAAAAUCUGAAGUAA